AUGGAGUGCCGUGUACUAGCUUGGUUGAUCUUCAUUCUUGUGCUUGUCUGCAUUACGACUGAAGCAUCGCACUUCCGACACGGCAGUAUAAUGUGGGCUCCAGAUAAUUCUAACAGCAAUAAGGUAUGGUAAUUAUUGUAAAAGAAUCUCUACGAAGCCUCAAAAAGUUGGCUAUCCUCUACUAUAUAGUUACCCAAUUUAAUCACGUUGAGUUGUAUGGAAGUCUGUAUGCUCUUGGAAUUUGUGAAAAUCUUUCCUAAUUCCACCUUAAGGCGAUUUUUGAGAAUUAAUUUGCAUGUUUUUCUUAGCAUUCUUAAAAGCCAUUCAGCUUUGCCUUAACUUAAGAGAAAACGAACCUGAAAUAAUUUCUUUCUUGAGUAGAAAAAGAAAAAAGAGGCAAUAGUUGAAUGACGAUAGCUAAAUUGUUUACCCCACACAAAUUGCAAUCGAGUAACUUGAAUUUUUAGGUGAAAUUAAGUUUCAAGAUGGAAAUAUAGAGAGAUUCGGAAAUAUGUACGUGAAAGCAAAGUUCACAAACUAGUUGCCUUUUGCGUUUGCAAGAUAAAACUCCUUUUCGGUAAAUGAUGCGCAAUUAUCAAGGUAGAAAAAUGAAUACAAAAGAUAGAACUUUAGUCCAGAUUCCCGAGAUAUCACCAAAAAUUCUCCCCUCCAGCCUCGAUGCAUUUCCUUUUAAACUAAGAAGCUGAUAAAAAGUUGUGUUUGUUAAGGCAACGCCCUUAAGCUGAUACGUUUUUGCAGUCUUAUAAACGUUUUGCUAGAUAAUGGAUAACGUAUUGAGGGUGUCGAGAAGAAAAAAAAAAGGCUAAUGAAACGAAGGUCACCAUGUAAGAAUUAUUCAAAAAGCUGCUCUCAGAGUUUUAGAAAACUUUAUAUGGCGAGGUAACAUCAGGUUAAAGGCAACCCUUUACACUGUUGUAAGGUAUGUAAAUGUUAGGUGUUCCUAUCAUGUCGCAGCAUAUUUAUCACGAGCUUAUCAUGCUAGUCAUGUGCUUCCAUUGUUUGAAUAGUUUGAAAGUCCAAGGUCGGUCAGAGCUUAGCCCUUUUAGUAUGUUCCUAAUUAGAGGUGUUUUGGCUAUCUUUUAUCUAUUUGUAUUUAAAAACAAAAAAAAAAGAAUACAUUGUAAAAAAAAAGUGUUUCCGUCGAACAUCAUGCACGUUUUAAUUUCUCCGAGAUCUGGCGAGCAGUCAUGAUGCAAAGAGGAAAAACAUUUUUGGAUGUCUGGCGUAACAGGCUUGGAAUAUUACUCUAAAAAAAACGUACCACCAUAAGCCUUGAUACAGUCGUUGUGAAAACAGUCAUAAACUUUAGUUUAAGUGUUUUGGCUAAGUAUAAAAAGAACGAAAUGAACUUAAACAUUUGCAAAUGAUAUAUUCUGACCAAAGUGGGCUGUGUCCCACAUUAGGAGAUUUUACGUCCCAGAAUCAGUUCAGAAGGCAAUUCGUCGAUUUUCUUCGCAAAAGUUCUACUCCUCGCUGAUAAAUUUCGAUACAUGCGUGAAGUAGGAGACUUCGAGAAACAUAAUUUCCCAAAUUUAAGAGUGGUUUGCACACUUAACCCUCUCGCAUCGUUAGAGGCAGGGUCUAAGAUUGAUACAUAAACCGCGAGAGUUGAGUCCUUACGAAGAUUUGCCAGUUUGGAAUAAGUAAAGAUAUCUCUAAAGGGCAAAAAUGUUUUUCUUCUUUCACAGGUUCAAACAAACAAAUGUUUUUACAACAACACAAUUUUUUUAUGUACUUUAAGGAAGUUGGACUGCUUCAAUUUUCGACGCACCAUACUUGAGCGGGGUCAACUGUCUUCUCGAAAUACUUAAUUAACGCUCAUUGCUUUUAGAGCGGCACCGGGCUUUAUUCACUGUGUGCCACCUUUCCCAUUCUAUUAUUUUGUAGAGACCAAAAAUCAUUACCUAUACUUUAGUUCUUAAUCGCGACAUCAAGCAGAAUCAAAAUAAUUCUCUAAACUCGCUACCAUUUGGAAAACUGACCGAGAUGACCCUCGUGACAGGAAUUAGGGGAAUUUAAAACUUAAAAACGGAACCCAAUCUUCGCGUUUGCCAUUGCUGUUAGUGCCGUGCUUAAAAUACUGAACUUCGCAAUUUGCGCGAUUAUAUGGGUAACUUAUGGGUACACAAUACAUACAUGUGUGACCUACCUACUAUACUCAGAUACUUGGUCGUGCGGGCUACUCCAAUGCAACUUAUUACUGAAACGAAACUAAAAAAAAUGUUGAGAUAAAAAUCGGGUUCGAAAUUGACAUUUAAAUGUAUAUUAGACCGAGACUAGAUUGUUUUCAUUUGGAGAAUCGACGGGGGGUGUUCUUCGAGACGAGACGCAUAUCAAGAUAAAAAUGCCAUCAGUUUGGCAAAAAUGAAGGCAAACUGCCAAUUGCAGUAGGGUGUAAUUCUUUGCUGAAAGACAAUAGUUGAUUUAUCAAUCACCACACUGAACAAAUUGAUUCUCAUGGAUGGUAAGAUGAUCUUUAUCGUGGUUAGAAUUUAUAAAGUUGACGAGCGGCCUUUUGCACAAGCAUAAUUACACUCAAUAUGCACCGGAUAUGCGAUCUGCGUUUAUCGUGAAUAGUGACCAGGAAAAGAUGUCAUAUCAGGUUAAAAUACAAAGAACCUUAAUGAAAUAAAAUGUCACAGCAUAGGAAUUAUAACGUGCGUUCUACGUCUGUUAUUAGCUUGUUUUUUCAUGUGCUUCAAAUGUCUGAAUUGGUUACAUAUGUACAUGCAUAUUUGAUUUGAAUUUAAAAAUAAAGGUCAUAUACUUAAAAAAAUUAAUUUCCCAACCAAGGGCGCCACAAUUACAUUCUUUUGAACCAAAAAAAACUGGAGCCGACUUCUUCAAAGCUGAUUUCGUAUAUUAAAGAAAAUUAAUACAGCAGAGGGAGGAAUUAGGAAAAUAUCAAUUUAUUACUACGUGUUAUAACUAGUUAUAGUUCUCACUAGAGCUGCCCCCGCCCUACAGUACCAUUUUCUUUUUUUUUUUUUAGUUGGGCUUGUUGUUUACAGUUGUGUAGUUAUGACCAUUUGCGGGAAAAACGUUGAUACCUUGCGGCCGUGCAAGCGAUCAAAUCGAGAUUUUUUUGGUUACGAUCAACCGAAAACACCUACAUUCUCUCUUCUCCAGUCUUCCUCUAUACUAGGACAAAUCUCGUGUCAAAGACGCCGAUCCUAAAAGUCCUCGCGCGCGUGUCUUUUUACUGGCAGCCCAUGACCAUUUGCGGGAAAAACGUUGAUACCUUGCGGCCGUGCAAGCGAUCAAAUCGAGAUUUUUUCUGGUUAUGAUCUACCGAAAAUACCCACAUUCCCUCUUCUCCAGUCUUCCUCUAUAUUACGCGGGGAGUCCUAAGGUGCCUCCUCGGGUUUUUGGCCCUCUGGGGCCAAAAACCCUGCGGGGGCAACAAUUAUCUGACUGGAUUAGAAGUGACUUGUCUGUACAAAAUCGUGAAAUUAAUGACUUUUCACACAGUCCUUCCAAUUGAUGAGCCAGUGAAAUAAUAUCUUUUCCCUGUGUGCUUUAAGUGUCAUUGUCUGAGAAAGUGUUCCAGGGGCCAAAACUUGUGGUCAACCGAUUUGGCUGAAACUUGGCACAGAAGUUGGUUGCCAUGAGAUAUUUCAAAAGCCAAUCUGGCUCACUUCUCUGACUUUAAGUUCUAGAGUUUCAGGGGGGGUCUCAUUUUUUGCCCCUUGAGUACAAAAAAUCCAGCCUUUCAGGGGUCAUUUUGAAAGUGCCAUAAAACCCAACUGGUAAAUUGUGCUGCCAAAUGAAUUUGACUAUGAAUAUUUCUAUAAUAGAGCUUUCAUUUCAUGCAUGUAACUUUGCCUUCAAGGUAUUGGACAGAGAGGAGCCUGGGGCUAGAGUUUGGCCAAAAUUAAUGUCAAAAUUACAACCCAAAAUUGCCAUUUUUCAAAAAAUCAGUGUAUCUACCUGCCUUCUUGCAUAACAUCCGUACCUAUACCAUUAUUUACUUUAUUGACCCAAUUAUCAAAAUCACUUGAGAAAAAUUUGGCUUAUCACGGUUUGUUGAAUUUUUGCCACAAACACUCCAUGCCCCUCUAAGGCCCUGCAAAAUGGAACUUUGAGCAUAGUUAAUGCCAUAAACAAACCAAACUGUUGACAUGAAGCCCUGAUUCUGUAUUUGGUAAGUGAAAAUGAAUUGUUAAAGCCAAACCAGUUUGAUUGUUCAGAAUUACCCCGACUCUUACCAUACAAUUGCUCUUAAAAGGCCUUUCAUUGGGCAAAAAAAAAGGGUGACUUUUUCUUUGAAAACCUAGUACAGCCAACUUUGUCACAGCGAACUGGCUUUUCGUAAGCGAUCACCCGGCAUGAUCACGUACGACUGUAAGAAAACCAUUGCUCAAAUAUCACAAAAGUUCAGUUUCAAAAAGCGCUGACCAAGUGUGCUCGCAGAUUAUAACAGUUGACUAGCAAAAAAGGCUGUAAUACGAUCCAUAGGUAAAAUUGGAUUGAAUCAUUGAUGAAAGAUGUUAUGUACAAAUUUUCAACAGUUCUAAGCGCCAUUCGGUUUGAGACAUUGUUGGCAGUUGUCUGUUUGCCUGAGUUUUUGCUUGUUAGGUAAUAAUUUUAUGUAAUCACGUUCAAAUCACUUCGGUUUGAGCUUAAUUUCUUAUUUUUUUCCCGUAGAUGACCACCUUUCAGCAUAAGCGACCACUUUGUCCUGCAUCAAGGGUGGUCGCUUACGAGAGUGUUGACUGUACCAGUCAUAGGGCACAAAUGACAAUGUUCUUACCUUCAUAUAAAAAUACUUGAGUUUUUCUCUGACUUAUAUUUUUCAGGUCAUAUUUCCAUGUAUUGCCGCAAGCAUGGAAAGUCCCCAUAAUUUUCCAAGCCAUAUUUUAAAAGAUAAAGUAAGCUUACAAAACGAUCGUUAACCGAUAAUCUUUGCCUGACGUUUUUUAUAGCCUAAAUAGCUCUUGCAACAGUAAUGAAUCGUGACCAAACGUAGAUACUGUGUA